ACUUGCCAGGCCUAAAAAGUUUGAAGAUGGCUAGUUCUACUUCUCUCGAUCCUAAGAUACGGAAAGUAAAUGCAAACGUUAACCUCGAGCCUCAGAGAGAUAGAAUUAAACUUCCCGUUCCCGGAGAGCGAAACAUAUUAAUCACAAGUUCUCUGCCCUACGUUAAUAACAUUCCUCAUUUGGGAAAUAUUAUUGGAAAUCGAUUCCUUCAUAGAUAUGCUCGUGCUCGCAAUUAUAAUACACUUUAUAUUUGCGGAACCGAUGAAUACGGAACCGCCACGGAAACAAAAGCUCUGGAAGAAGGCAUUACGUGUCAGGAGCUGUGUGAUAAAUAUUAUGUGAUUCACUCUCAGGAUGCUCGUGGGGAUCAAUGUGAUGCAUGUGGACAUCUUCUCAAUGCCACUGAACUGGUCAAUCCACGCUGCAAAAGAGAUGGUGAUGCACCGAUCACAAGAGAAUCGAAGCAUAUGUUUUUAGACUUGGAAUCCUUGCAAAAAAAAGUUGAGGAUUGGGUGGAGAUAUCAAGUACGGAGGGUAAAUGGUCUUCUAAUGGGAAGACUAUUACGAAAUCAUGGCUCAAAGAAGGGCUCAAUCCGCGUUGCAUUACACGUGACCUCAAAUGGGGUACUCCCGUUCCUCUUGAAGAAAUGAAGGAUAAGGUGUUCUACGUUUGGUUCGAUGCACCUAUAGGCUACCUGUCUAUCACAGCGAAUUACACCAAAGAAUGGGAAAAGUGGUGGAAAAAUCCGGAACAGGUUAAACUUUACCAAUUUAUGGGUAAAGACAAUGUUCCUUUUCAUACGGUUAUAUUUCCGUGCACUUUAAUUGGGACGGGGGAAGACUGGACUCUGUUACACCAUAUAAAUACCAGUGAAUAUCUUAAUUAUGAAAAUACAAAGUUUUCGAAAUCUCGCAACAUCGGUGUCUUUGGUACAGACGCCAAGGAUACUGGUAUCCCUGUAUCAGUUUGGCGCUACUACCUCAUUUCAAGCCGUCCCGAAACUAAUGAUUCUAUCUUUACAUGGAAAGAAUUUAUCGCCAAGAACAAUAAUGAAUUAUUGGCAAACCUUGGAAACUUUGUCAAUCGUGUCAUGAAAUUCAUCGCCUCAAAGUAUAAUAGUGUUCUCCCAUCAUUUACAGUCGACCAUGAAGCCGAACAAAAUCUCAUCAAGAACGUCAACUCUUCGCUGGAAAACUACCUUGAAGCGUUAGAAAACGUGAAAUUGCGUGCUGGUCUCGAGAUAGCUAUGGAAAUUUCGCGACUGGGCAACGGCUACCUUCAAGAAUCAAAGCUCGAUAAUGCACUCUUUGCAAAUAGUCCUGAAAAAUGUGCUUCCGUUAUUGGUGUUUCGGUGAACCUUAUCUAUCUUAUUUCAGCGGUGAUUAGCCCAUACAUGCCGUCAACCGGUGCGUCCAUCGUUCGUCAGCUGAAUGCACCACCGAGAAAUAUACCAGACACAUGGACUAUUGAUAUUGAGCCUGGUCAUCACCUGGGCAAGGCUGAAUACUUAUUUACUAGAAUUGAUGCUCAGAAAGAACAGGAAUACCUUAAUAGGUAUGGGGGUGCCUCCAAAACUGACGAGGUUAAAAAGAAGACCAAAAAGAAGGCACCAAAGAAUGUGAACGAUUCCGAAUCGUUAAAAAAUUAA